CGAGGUUAGCGUCUGGGUUUUUGAUUCGCCAUGGGAGUUUUCACCUUCGUCGUCAAGAACUCAGGAGGAGAAUGGAGCGAUAAGCAAUACGAGGGCGACCUUGAGGCCUGUGCUCCUUCUUCCUACGCGCUCCAGAGGAUGCUCGUCCAGGCCGCCCUCUCUGCUAACAGCUCUGGUGGCUUCCAGAGCUCCUACUCUCCCGUCACUCCUUCCUCUGCAGUCUUCCAGGUGAAUUCAUUUCGUAUUACCUUCUCUCUCACAUAA